CAGAAAACGUACAGUGAGCUAUGUUAGAAGGCGCACCCAAAUUGGUUUUCACAAACGAAAGCACCAAAUUCGCACCAUUAAACCAGUGCGUCGCGUACGUAGCUACUAACGUCUGCUACAACCACAGACCCGGAACAGCACACACAAUUCUCCAAGUUGAGCCUGAACAAACAGAACUUCACUGGGGAGAAGAAGAUCAAGAAGGUUGGCUGCGUUAGCUGUCUUGCUAGCUAAACAUUUCCAAUCAACGUGGAGGAGGAUGUGGUUAUGCUGAUAUUCCGAGCUAACAAGCCACAAAGCCAGCCUGGAAUCGUGCGAUUUCACUGACUAUUGAAAUCGUAAUUUUACGUGGAUUUACGGAAUGUAGAUCGAGGCUAGGUCUUCCGUCUGCCUGCAUAAGCUGUACGACUUGUCUCCGUCUGGGUAAAUAACUCCUCCGCUCACCUGCUGGACUGCAGGGUGUGAAGAAGAGGCAGGGGGGCUACACACUUCAUGGAGAAUAUCCUAGGUUGCGCUUUCCCUAAUCUUAGGAGGACAUUGCACUGAACAGAUGUUCGGUUGUAAUACGAUCGGGAGUUCUUAAUUGGGAACCAAUAAAAAAAUCUCAAAGGGGGCGUGGCCUGGGCAGACCGAGGCGGAGGCCGUGAGCCGUUGCUGCGGCGAUGAGGGUGCGCUUCUCGCGGAGGCUGGGCCUCCUGGCGAAGACCUGCCUGCUCCUGUCGGUCAUGUGGCUGGCGUACCUCCUGCUGGAGCGCUCGGGGAUCUCCUCCCCAGGCUCGGAGGAGGAGGGAGGAGGGAGGAACGCCCGGGAGAGGCGGGUCUCCGCCCCACAGGAGAGCAGGGAGCAGCUGGCCAGGCCGGUGUACGUCCGGCUCCCUCCCGACUCCAACGCCCCCGGGGAGUGGGGGAAGGCCACCCACCUGACCCUCGACCCCGAGCAGAAGAAGCUGGCGGAUGAGUCGGUGGAACGCUAUGCCAUCAACAUCUACGUCAGCGACCGCAUCUCCCUGCACCGCCACAUCCAGGACAACAGGAUGCACGAAUGUAGAUCGAAGAAAUUUGACUACCGAAGUCUGCCCACGACAUCGGUGGUUAUUGCGUUUUACAACGAGGCGUGGUCCACUCUGCUGAGGACCAUCCACAGCGUUCUGGAGAGCACACCAGCAAUUCUGCUGAAGGAGAUCAUCCUGAUCGAUGACUUCAGUGAUAAAGUCUAUCUCAAGUCGCAACUGGCGGCCUACAUCAGCAAUCUGCAGCGGGUUCGACUCAUCCGGAGCAAGAAGAGGGAAGGGCUGGUCCGGGCGCGGCUCAUUGGCGCCACCUACGCCACCGGGGACGUCCUGACCUUCCUCGACUGCCACUGCGAAUGUGUGCCCGGCUGGAUCGAGCCGCUUCUGGAGAGGAUUAAACAAGACGAAAGCACCAUAGUGUGCCCCGUAAUCGACACCAUCGACUGGAACACCUUCGAGUUCUACAUGCAGACGGACGAGCCCAUGAUCGGCGGGUUCGACUGGAGACUGACGUUCCAGUGGCACUCGGUGCCCGAGGCGGACCGGCAGAGGCGAUCCUCACGCGUUGACCCCAUCAGGUCUCCCACCAUGGCUGGAGGCCUGUUCGCUGUGAGCAGAUCGUACUUUGAGUUCCUGGGAACGUAUGACAUGGGCAUGGAGGUGUGGGGUGGAGAGAACCUGGAGCUCUCCUUUAGGGUCUGGCAAUGUGGUGGGUCCCUGGAAAUCCACCCCUGUUCUCACGUGGGUCACGUCUUCCCAAAGAAAGCCCCUUACGCCCGGCCCAACUUCCUCCAGAACACAGUCCGGGCCGCCGAGGUGUGGAUGGACUCGUACAAGAAGCACUUUUACAACCGGAACCCUCCAGCCAGAAAGGAAUCGUACGGGGACGUCUCCGAGAGGCUCGCCCUCAGGAAGAAACUAAAAUGCAAGGACUUCGAGUGGUACCUGAAAAACAUCUACCCGGACCUGCACGUCCCGGAGGACCGCACCGGUUGGCACGGAGCUGUGCGAAGUGGCGGGAUCAAUUCCGAGUGCCUGGACUACAACGCCCCGGAGAACAACCCCACGGGGGCUCACCUGUCGCUCUUCGGUUGCCACGGGCAGGGCGGCAACCAGUAUUUUGAGUACACAACAAAACAGGAAAUCCGCUUUAAUUCAGUCACCGAGAUAUGUGCAGAAGUCCCGGACGGCCAAGACUACAUUGGUAUGAAGUACUGCCCAAAAGACAGCGUUCCGGUGCCUUCUGGAAUCAUCUGGGAAUUCCGACCAGACGGGAGCAUCUACCACCCGCGCUCCGACACCUGCAUCACCGCCUUCCGCCACGACGACGGCCGCACGGACGUCCACAUGAAGAAGUGCUCCGCGGACAACAAGAACCAGAAAUGGAAAUUCGACUGACGGCGAGGGACGAGAGAGACCAGGACCCAAGUGCAAUUACGACAGCCCAUGGAGGAGGGCAGGAGGGAGGGAGGGAGCGGACCGAGCGAGAGAGAGAGAGAGAGACAGAGGAGAGGAAACUCAACUCGCAAAGCACACCAGCCCCUGCAUCGUGCCUCUAGGUUUUCUGUGACGGAACUACAUUCACUCUAGUGCCUGCAAAACAAUAAUGAAAGGGGACUUACUCCAGUAGUGCCAAGCGGUUUUUGUCGACUAAUUUCUAUUUAUUUCUCCAGGAGAGAUAUGGGUCUGGGGAUUGGUCGAAAUGCUCUCCAAUCAGCAGAGCAGCUUUUAUUUGAUCAGAAAUGGGCAUGUAAUCUAAUCUUAUUGCACUACAGGUGUUGUUUAUAUGGAUAUCACGGUGCCUUAAUGAGUCUUUGUUUCUUUUUUAAUACGAGAAAGGUUGUGGUUUUAUUUGAAUAAUGCGUGGAAGAUCGUUUUCAGGGAAUGGUGAAUAGAUUAAUCUUCUCUUCACAGCUUUUACUUCACGUUUGUUUUAAAUUAUGUCAGUCGCUUAGAGCAAUUCUGGCUAAAUUAGUUUUAAAGAUUUUCUUAUUUAACUCUUUUAGGUGGCUCCACAGAGAUUCAAAAUGUAUUGUUCAAGGGGGAGCUGGGUUCGAGGGUGGCCUUUAUAUGAAAUGGUUCUUUGGGAAGUCGAUUACCACAAUCAGAAUUGCUUUAACCUAUGGCCAAUGGGACGAUUGGGUGGACAAGUCUGGCAUAUUUUCUCAAGCACUCCAGUUUUCUUUGAGGGGGAAAAAAAAGCAAUAAAUCUUGAUGAUUAAUCAAUUGGUAAAUAAGGGCCAAAUUACAGAAAUGUCACUUCAAAAUAAUGCCUUUCUAAAUCCAAGUGCCUGAGAACAUUUUUUUAUACAUUACAGGCCUUCAGAAUACAUUCCCUGUCUGUACUGUACUUCAAACCAUGAGACUGAUAAUAAACUGAUAUGCGUUCAAGGUGGCUAACGGUAGCUAACAGUUUGAAAAACCAAAUAACUUCAGCCAUGGCAGCCUGUGAGCUAAGCAGGAAGAACUUGUGUCCUGGCUUUGUCUCACAGACAGGCGUUGCAUUUAAUGGAAUCUGAAUCUUAUAGCAAUAACUUCUAGCAAUGUUUUACUUUUGAAAAGCCUAACGCCACAUUCCCUGUGUUUUCUGGCUACUCUGGGCUUCAUUUGUCAAAACAAUGAUACAAUUUGAUUGGAUAAGCAUGCUCAAAUGCCUAAUAUAUUGGUAUGCAGGACCAGUACUUAAUCAGAUCUAAUGUGACUGGCCCUGAUCAUGCGUACUCUCACCUCCUUGUGGCAGAAAUGCGCCACUACAUGACAUGUUUUGAAAGGGUGCUGUGUUACAAAAGGCUCCUGUCUGAGAAGCUUGAUAAGGGCCUAAAACAGAGAUGUCAAACUCCCGGUUUUGGUGGUUUCUUUUGUAUCAGCAGCCUUGAGAACAAGGUGUGUGGACUCCUUAUCCAAUCAAAAACUUCCAUUUGUCACUCGCGCUGAAACGCUGCAAAUACCAGCAGAAACCGCGACCCUCCAGGAAUGCAUUUGACAGCCCUGGCCUAAAGGGUUUUGAGUAAAUGCACAGCUGAACCUAGGCAUUGGUAAAACUCUUGUAAUAGGCUGGGGACCAUGUUGUAUCUAUAGCAAUAUUUAUUCUCAUCCAAUGACAGGAGGCCAGAGAAGCCUCCCUACUCUUGCAUCUGGUGCUUUUACAUGAGAGGAUCCUUUUCCCUCUACUCAUGUUUCCCCAGAAUUCAGUGCCACAAAGCACUUUUAAAAGUAGUAAUGACAUUUUUACCAGGAUAGAUUUGUCAGGAUAGGGUUCAACAUUCAGUUUUUUAUUUGUAGUACAAAUUGGUUAUUUUUUUAUGGUAACGUCCAUUGCUGAAAGUUGCAGGGUUUUAAAAAUGUUUUUUAAAUGAUGUACCCAUACAAAUGAUAUCAUAUGAUACUGGUCUCAUGAUGCAAGUAUGGAACAGUGCUUUACAAGUUCUAAAGUAUAGAUUUUUACAAGUAGUACAAUAAUUUUCUGUCAAACUGAUUGAUGUCGCAUUGGUAAAGUGUGGCAGUGCGGAGGCAUUUUCUUAAUAUUAAUGUACAAACAUGCACACACUGAUUUUACUGGGAUAGAUGGUUUGGAACCAGCUUCAUGACGUGUGCAUUCACAUCCACCAGCGGGCCAACUGUUAACCCCCUUUCACUUACAGCCUGCUACCCUACUGCUUGUCUACAUGCCCAUUUGUGCUUAUUUUUUCUUGCUAUGUUAUUCCAAUGAGAGUGACUCCAUUCUUUGUACUGUACACAUUUGUUUCAGACCUCGGUCAAGUACGUGAUUGUUUCGGAUUCAAAUACUUGUACUCGCUUAACUGAGAUUGUUUGGUGUAUUGGAACCUAUGAAAUACUCUCGAAAAAGUGCAAGUCCUGCACUUUUGGUCCUCUUGGUUGCCUCAGUUGCACCAGGUAAGAUAAACCGAGCACAGAGAAGUACUGUAUUUGAAUCCAAAAACGAUUAUGUAUUUGACCCAGGUCUGAUUUGCUUAGACUUCUUGGGUGAGUUCAGGUGAAAGGACCAUGGUCGAAGCUUUACAUGCCCUCAAGUGCUGUGCCAAUCGUGUGCAGAUGUAGCCUGCUGUAUAACGAGGUUGUUAAUGAAUGGCAUAAUUGCAUUUAUUUUGUGAUUAUUUGCACUAAGGCAUUUGAAAUGUCAACUUGUACUUGGAAACUGGUGGAUCAUUGAAAAUGACUCCUGCUGGAUGAGUCCAUUCGUCGUGCCUAGGCGGCUGCGUGCUAAGGGGCCCAAAAGGGAAGGUGCAAAUGAAGAUUGUGUGUAUUUAAACUGCUGAUUAAGUACAAAUAACUUCUGUUUGCCAGGAGAAAUAAAAGCCGUUUGAAAGUC